GACGUGACAAGAUGUUGGCUACAAAUAGAUUCGUUAUUAUUCUUUUGAUUUCGGUUUUCCUUAUAGCUUCAGCAUUUGAGAUGCCUUCAGAGGACCGAUACAAAGCAGGAGAAAAGUCGCUUGAGGAUUUCCAAACGAGGGCAAGACAUAGCGACUGCUGGAAAAAGGCGAUUGAAAAUCUUGAAGUUGGAUGCAAGAAGCUGACAGAUAUCGAACAGAGCUACUUAGCUGUUGCUUUUACGAACUGUCACUUWAAAAAAUCAGGAAAGAGAACUUACAACUGCUCUAGAGAUAAGAGCAUAGAGGAGUGUACAAGUGGUAUGGAUGAUUUGGCUUUUAAUGCGUACACAACUUUUUUUACACACACAACGAAUAUCUGCUUUUACUUGCAAAGUCAAGCAUGGCAAGAACGAACAGAGGACACGGUUUCUAAACUUUCACAAACAUCUGAAGAAGUCGCUGGACAACUUGAGAACUCUAUAAAGAAUCAGUUGCUGGUCCUGAAGCAUCAGAAUCAAUCUUUACAAAAUCAAAAACGAAUCAUUGUUCAUGAGCAAAAGUUAUCAAUGACUUUGAAGUCGUCCACCUCAGAGGCAAGGCAGGCGUUUGAUGAGAUGAAAACUAAGGCAAAUGAACAGCGGGCAAUUUUUACAGACACUUUUGAUGGGAUCUUUAAAAGUGUAGAAAGCAUUAAACAGCUACAAGCCAUGAUUUUGGGGGAGUUCAUCACUUUGCAAUCUCUAGCAUUUCAUUUUGUAGCUAUUUGUGUGUGUUAUUUCUUCACCAGCAGUCCAAGAACUGCUAAUGCUAGACUUGCAUUGUUUAUUGGAUUAGUUGCUCUGAUUGGUGUUGAGCGCAUUAUCACCUCAAGGAGUAUUGGGGAUGGAGAUUCUAUGGAUACGGAAGUUGUUCAUCUUCGUUUAUGGAUGUGUCGAAAGAUUUUUUUUUUAACUGCAUCAGUUGGUCUUCUAUGGGUGGCUUACAAAUACAAAGACUUCAACAAAAUCAACCACAAUAUGUUACUAGAAAUUCAAAAACAAAUCCGGGACCUCAAAUAUCUUCAAUCUAUGGACUCAAAUAUUAAAUCAAUAACAGAAGGUACUUCAGUACCCAUGACAGCAUUAACUGCUUCAAAGUCUUGGGCUGGAUCCCAGCAUCGUAAUACACAAAAAGCRACAGACUACCCAGAUAGUGGAGACAUAGUGGAAGUAGAAGAUGGCUAUGAUGAAACAUAUGUACAGCAAGAAAAUGAUGAUGAAUCAUCCUCAUCUUCUGAUUAUGAAAGCCUUUAUUCAGAGAGUAUUGCAGACUUGAGUUUUAGUAAUGGCAGCUUCAUGGUCAAGCAGGGCAUUGAAAAUGAAACCUCAACUCCAACCAAGAGUCGCAGGAAAUCUGGACAACAGGUUUCUACACCAAGGCAAUCAGGAUCUAGGUCCCAGACGUCACGCUCCAGCUUGACUCCAUCACAUUCCUACAACUUGCGCCCACGAAGAAGUGGGCAAUUUAGCCCUAACAGUUCAAGCUUUAUGAAUAUGCCAAGCCCUUCAACCCUGGAAGAUUUGGUGAAAUCUCUCAAGCAGAAUACAGCAAGAUAUACUGCUGCUAUGAAGAAGGAUAAGAUAUCUGGAAAACAGCUGUUUUCUUCUGAUGAUGAAUAUUAAAGGAUUCUUCRUACUAAUUCCUCCCCUUCACCACCUCUCACCAUUGAAAAUACUGGCAAUCAAGAUCAUGAGAGAAGGCUGUUUGUAUAUUAGGCAGUCUUCCACCAUUUCUUCCCAUUGCUGUGUUUUUAAAAAUUUCUUUACUAAUUUUCUAGUUAUUUUAAAUGGUGUGGGACAAAACAGUUAUGCGAUGCUUUCUAAUUCACGUGGCACACCGUGGAACAUUCCAUUUCUGUGAUUUGUAUUUUCUUAGUAAACACAGUCUCUCCUAAAAGCUCAAGUGUAUACUAGAAAACACAUGUCAGGUGUCCCAUGGGAUAUUCCAUGCUUUGACAGUGACUCGAAACCAUUGUAUAACUAGCUACAAGGCUAAAAUAACAGGCAGUCACCAGACAAUGUCUGACCAGUAUUGGAACCUGUCCAGUAAGAUCCUUACCUUGCCGUUUAUUUUGACCAGUAAUAUUGAGUCUGAAAUGAGGUAUGAAUGAGCUAAGAUUAAUUUGCCUGAUCAUUAUGGUCAGCGACUGACAAGCCAUUAUUUUUAACCCUGAACUAGUAAGUAACUAUUGUACAUAUUUCUGGCCGAAUCUCAUUUUUAUAAACUGAUUAUGAAUUAGCAGGGUGAGGGGAUGUUUAGGUUUUGACAAACUUUUUUACCCAUUUUCAUAAUUUUCACAAAAAACCCAAAUGCCAAGGGCUGUGUUCGUUGCAAAAUUUUCAAGAAAAUUUUAAGAGAUGCUGACAAUAUAGUGUGUGCAACCAUGUGACUCAAAAUCCCUCGAGAUAUGAACAACAAUGAAACAACCGCCAUGUUGGUUGAUCUAACAAGAGAAGCUAAUGAGGAAUGCUUUGUUACCUCAACCAAGAUGGCGGCAAUGACGUAACAUGCACCUGUUCUUUACUUAUCUAUACAUACUUCRAUAUUAAGAGCAAAUACAUGAAAUUUUAAUUAAUGUAUCUGAAAUACAGGUCAAAACCUUUACUUAGUUUAAACUAAAUUCUUUAUUUUCUGUUAAACAGAGUUACAUGUAUGAUAAAACAGCUGCCAAGUUUUAGCUUUGUUGCAACAUUCCAACACUUUAUAAGGUGAUUCUUUUUAUAAUUGCAAGUAUUUAUGAAUUCAUGGCAAAUUUAACUAGAUACUAAUGAUAGUCAAUGAGCACGAAUCUCUACAG